GGGUUAAGAGCUCACGUGGAGCGUGCGUGAGCAGCCUUUCUUUCCCAAGGGAUGGCAAAGAUACACUGUGGCAAUGCCUCUCUGCCAAGCUGCCUUAUCACCUUCAUCUUCCUGCAGUUCCUGCCUCAUGGGAAUGGGAAAGCCGAUUUCAGUGUCCUUGGGCCUCCUGGCCCUCUUCUGGCCAUCGUGGGGCAAGACAAAAGCUUGCCAUGCAAACUGUCACCCAACAUCAGUGCUGAGGGCAUGGAGCUGAAGUGGUACAGGGACCACCUCUUCUCAGUUGUGCACAUGUAUAAGAAUGGAGAGGAUGUGUAUGAAGAACAGAUGGAGGAGUAUCAGGGAAGGACAACUUUCAUCAGGGACCAUAUAGCCAGGGGUGAAGCCACAGUGACGAUACACAACAUCACCACGUUUGAUAAUGGGACUUACCACUGCCUCUUCAAGGAACACACAUCUCACAGUGAAGCCACCUUAUGGCUGAAGGUGGCAGGGCUGGGCUCAGUGCCCAGAAUCCAAGUGGCUGACACUCAGGACAAAGGCACCUGGGCAGAUUGCACCUCAGCAGGCUGGUUCCCAGAGCCCCAGGUGGAGUGGAGGGACCUCAGAGGUCAGAUGAUGCCUGCCAUGACCCACUUCUUAGUCUCAGCCACCACUGGCCUCUUGACUGUGAUGUCUAGGGUGGUCCUCCAGGACAAGGCUGUGGAAGGUCUGACUUGCUCCAUCUCCAACCCUCUCCUCCCAGAGAGGAAAGUGGUGGCGCACCACCUGGCUGCUCCCCUCUUCAGAAGGUUCCUGUCCAUGGAAUGGAGACCAGUUCUGCCUUUGAUUCUCAUUGCACUGGGGCUUGCAACGGUGGCACUCGUCUGUGUCUUUGGGAAACAUACGAGGGAAGAGCCUAAAACCUGUGUGGAAAAAGAGGCAGAGCGAGGAGGAAGGCAGCAGAACCAACAAUCCGAGGCUGAGUGGCUCCAUGUGAGCCCAUCCCUGGACCCUGACACUUCCAGUCCCAAACUCAUGGUGUCUGAGGAUCAGAAAAAUGUGAGGCGGCUGCUCUUUGAGCAAGACUUGCCCCCCAGCUCCAGGAGAUUUGACCAGGACCCCUGCGUCCUGGCCCAAGAACAGUUCUGGGCUGGGAGAUAUUACUGGGAAGUGGAGGUAGGGGACAGGAAGGCCUGGAUUCUGGGUGUGUGUCUGGAGAGUUUAGGUCGGGAAGGAAGGAUUCCUAAGUCCCCCAAGCAUGGCCUUUGGGCAGUGGAGUUUUACAAGAAGAAAUUCCGGGCUCUCACCUAUCCCAGGACACGUCUGUCUCCCCCCCAACCCUUCCGACUGGUGGGUGUUUUACUGGACUGCGAUGCUGGGGAGAUCUCCUUCUAUAAUGUGACUUGUGGCUCCCUGGUCUAUAAGUUCUCUGGACUUGCUUUUUCCGGCCCCUUGAAACCAUUUUUCUGCCUCUGGACCCAUGACCCCAGACCCUUGACCCUCUGUUCAGUGGUCACAGAGACUCAAGACACAGAGCCCUCUGGAGGCCCCUGACUUCCCUGUGAGGUUCCUGAGGAAGAGGGUGGUACCAGCCUUCUUCCUGAGCCUGGCUCCUGGUGCUGUUAUUCAUUCCUAUGUGAAAGCAUGGUGAAGUGCUGAUGCUGAAUUCUGCCCAAUCCUUGUGUUAAAUCUAACUCCCAGGACUUCAGAAUGUGGCUGUAUUUGGAGAUGGGCCUUUAAAGAGGAGAUUAAGAUAAAAGAAAAUCAAUUACCGGAAUGGAGUAGACUUUAACUCCUUGGGUCUGGUGUUCUUAUCAGAAGGGAGAUCAGGAAACACACACACACACACACACACAAACACACACAGAGUGAGAGAGAGAGAGAGAGAGAG